CCGCCGGAUAAGAUAGUAAAUCUGGCUCCCCCUCAACCUUGUCUCAAACGUAUACCAGAAGAAAGUUUAAAAGCACUGGGAAUCUAUUUCAGAUGAAAUAACCCAUAGUUUCCUCUUUUCACGUAAAAUUAGAAAUCUUGUAACUACUAAUAAAUCAAAAUCAAUCAAAACUUCGUCGAAAUAUCAAUAUGUACUCUAUUUUAUCCACACUAUAUCAUACAGUUUAAUAGAAUCUAUAAAAAUCAAGAGAAAAUACUUUUGCUUUUGAAAAUGUUGCUUAGAAAUCUUCCCAAAUAAACGGGCAUUUCUUUGAUUUCUUUACUACUCUUAAGUAGAGAACAAUAUGCAGAAGAUAAUAUCGAGUAUCUAUAUCUUAAUAUUCUGAGGUAGUGCAGACCAAUUUUGGCUAUUUUGGAUUUAGAUAGAACGGUAAGCAUUUACACCAGUCAGCAACACAACAAAUUCUUCAAUUUGAAAAUAGAUGCAAAAACCGCAUUUUUCAAUAUUUCCGGUAUAUUUUGAGAACGAGUCGUUUUCGACGCUUUCUCGAAAAAGAAGCUGCAUUUAAAAGUACUUUAUCCUGUAGAAUAUAAUUUGCAUUUUCGAAUGAUUAUAUAUCGUCGAGACAAUUUUAAUUUUAAUUAGAUCGUGAAAAAUGAAUUGUUGGAUAAUUCUGGAGCGCUGAAAAACGGUGCGCCGUGAGCUUACUAAUAACAACUGGAUAGAUCGAUCGUUUAACCCUUCUACGGUUUUCGUGAUUCCGACGAGGCCCACAACACUAUCUUUCGUUUUUGUCUACUUAAAGAUUUAUCCUUUUCGGAACCAUCUCUCCGCUAAUCGUUAGUCUUCUAACGAUGCAUAAGAGCCAUAUGAAAUUUCGUACAAAAGUCUUACCCGUAAAAAGCUGAAGUGUGGGUCCACAUGGACCCCCUGAGAAGGUAGGUGUUAUAUAGAUGAUUUUUAUUCAUACUAUAUCACCCCUCUAUUGUCUCGAGAGUUUAUUUACCAAAGAUUCGCUACUCAGCACUGCCAAUAGUGAAUCGUAUGCUUUUUUAUCUUUGUCUGACGGAUUUUGUUAUAUUUUCGUCGAAAUAUUUCUGCCAUCGUCUUUGGUCAUGGUCACGACCCUAGUCGACCGAUCUUACGGCAAUUCUAUAGAAAUCCUAUAAAAAUCUUGUAAGAAUCUUAUAUAAGGCAAAUUAUAGAAAACAGUUUAUUUUUUCAGAAUAUUACCAUGAAUUUAUUAUACAUUCGCAGUUAGGGAGCGAUUGUACAUCAACAAUGGUUUUACACACAGAAUGACGUUUUCUUGUAACGCGAGAUUGAACGGAUCAUAACUCAGCCAAUUCUAGACUAAAACUUUAUCGAAAAUGCUCGAAACCCCCAGAAGAUAAUGCUAUGAUUCUUUUAAAAAGAAAGAUUUAUUUACUUCCAUUUAAAAGAUUAAAGUGCUCUGGCGAACUGCGCUUUUUCUGCUGAAAGUAACACGAGAUUUUGAAAAGUGUUUUUGUUAUAUCUUCCAGACAACUCAACCCGUAUCCUUCAUCUUUUUAUCCUUUUUUCAUCUUGUUACCCUGAAUAUGUGAUAAAAAUUUUACCUUCAAAAGUUCGACUUUUCGAGAGAAAAUUUUACUGGCAAAAGGUAACUCGAGAUUUUUUUACCCAAAAAACUAACGCGAGAUUAAAAUAUGUGAAUCUCUGGAAAAGGUAGACUCAAACAUAACUUAUUAUCCAUCAUUCGAUUCAUCGUCAAGAGACCUGUCUACUGGUGUAUAUUACAAGUCUGUGAACCGGUUUUGACUCCUUAUCCGCUGGAAAAGGCAAAAAAAUUAAGACUCUACAGCGCCGAAUACAAUUUACAUUAUGUCCUUAAACAGCACUUGUUUACUCAAAAGAAAAGAAAUGAACAAUAUAUGUUUGAUUUAAAAGGUGUUAUAAAGCAGUGGCGAUGUAUUGAGUAACAACAACAGUUAUAGAGAGAGAAAAAUGUGAAUAUAGAAUCGUUAGAUGUGUGUGCGUUUGAAAAGUGAUAUUUCUGUGCCAUGUUUUUACUGCAAGGUGCGCGACAUCUCACUCAAGUUUCAUAUCUAUUUUAUUUUUUGUUAUUUGUACAUAGUUCUAUAAAGCGUAUUAAGCUGAUCAAAGAUUCUUAGUUCUCAAAUUUCAUUCCAUAUUUUAAUUUGAAAAAAUUAAAACUGCAAGAGUUGAACGUUUUUGCUGGACGGCUAAAAGAAAUUCGAUACCUUUAAUUGCCGAUUGUUUUGAAACUUCUCAGAAACCAUUUUUUGCGUAUUUAGUAGCUAAAACUGAAUCUAAAACAACACUUCCAAAUUCCAGACGAAUAACUGAAUCUUUAGCGGCCGACCGAACUGAGAAUUGAGCCAAUUUUUUUCUGAUCCGUCCAUAUGAAAGAACAUAUGGCAAAAGCUAUAAAAAACUGUUUUGCAAAAGGCUUUUGGCGGUCUUUCGCAGAUUUGAAGCGUUCCUCUUAGGCGUUGGAAGUUUCAGUCUUCAAAAACCGUCAAAAACCUUUGAAAACCAGUUUUUUGUAGGUUUUGCCAUAUGCUCUUUCAUAUGGACGGAUCAGAAAAAAAUUUGGCGUCAAAAGGUUUUUGAGUUGCAAAAACGGUUUUCCAGAAACCAGAAUCACGUUAAACCAUUAGAAUGAUUAUCGUAAAAUUUCUAGUUCUUUCCUUCUACUAUAGUAGAAUUUACUACGAAUAUCUGCUAAUGUAAAAUAAGGUCGUCGAAAAUGAAAGAAAUUGUUGAUCGAUUAACUGAUGUGGAUUCAAUACUAAAACGAACAGAAGAUCGUACUAAUACUGAAAAUACAUCGCCGAUCGCAAUAAACAGUUAGAAGAAAUUGUUCAUAUCCUUAGUACGUUAUAUUACAUUCAUGCUUUGAUUUAAUUUAGCCUUGCUCAUAUUCGGAUUCAGCAUACUCGAUUACCUGUUUUUCACUAGCUUUUACGCCAAAAGCGAUUUAUCAAUUGGUGGCCGUUCUUCGUAAGUCAAUAUAAUUAGCUACAUCGGUUUUAUUUUAUUUUGAAUUCUUGAAAGAAUCGGUAACCAGUUACCGUUCUUUUGAAAAGAACUGUUAACUAGUUCCAAUUCAAUAGGAACUGAACUGGUUACUAGUUCUUAGGAACUGUCCCGCCCCUGCUUGAAUAAAACAGUAAAGAGCUACUGUACAAUGGCAAACCGUCGAUGGAAUGUACAAAACAUUGUCGCGUCAUUCAGCAAGGUUGGUAGCCUAUAUUUUUAGUCAUUUCAGAAUUACUAGCAUUUAGAAGAAUGCACCAGGUAGGCCGCAGUAAAAACUGAUGCCACACAAAUACAGAAGAUUCACUUGGAAUUUUACAUAUUUUUGCACACAUAAAUGGCUCCAGUUUUUAUGUACAAAACGUUGAGAAGAGCAACUCUCUGUCAUUUCUAUCCAGAGUCAUUGAAAAGCCAUUUGAUGGCGCUGUGCUUCAAAAACGGAUGAUUGUUGAUUAUCAAACACACAACAAUAUAAUCUUGGGUAAAGUUGCAAAAAGAAAUAUGCGCUGUUGGAGAAAUGAAAAAAUUGUUUGACGAGAUUCCAAUGAGUAAACGGGCUAUAGUUAUGAGUGAGAACAUCUAGGAAGGAUUUUGUUUGACGGAUAUCGUAAAUGAAUAACUGCUUUCUAAAUUACCAAAAUUAAAAUAUUUUUCUUGUCAUUAUUUACAUUUAACAGAGUCAAAUUCACAAAUCCAAUUUAAUCAACAAUUUAGGAACAUUCUUCAUUUAAAAAUACAAUUAAAACCUAAUAUUAAAUUUGAUCAUAUUCAAUUAGUAUUAAAACAUUUACCACAAUUAAAAUAUUUAGAAUUAAUUGCAUAUGAAAAUGAAAGAGGACAAUUUAUUGAUGCUUGUCAAUUGGAAGUAUUAAUAAACACAUAUUUAAAACAAUUAAAAAAAUUUAAAUUUCUAUUUUUUAUCUAUCGAACACGAAAAUUAAAUCAUGAAAUAUUAAAACGAUUUACAAAUGAUUUUUGGUUAUAUGAAAAAAAAUAG